AUGAAAUCCUUCCAGAGGGGUCACGAAUGGCUCGCGGGGGCAGAAACAAUAGCCAGUCCCAUGGAUCUGGAAGGUAUAAAUGAAGCUGUAGAGUACGGGGGAAGGAUUAGAGAAGAGUUUUCUCUCCAGAAAGGCGAGAUAUUUCUCAACCAUGGAUCAUUUGGUGCUGUUCCUAAGUGUGUCCAACAAGUGCAACGAAGAUACCUGGAUGAAAUGGAGAGACACCCCGAUGACUGGUACAGGAGGAAUGCUUACACGUACUGGCAGGAAUCACAGAAGGCAGCAGCAGACUUCAUGCAUUGUGAGCAGGAGGAUCUCGUGUUUGUGGAGAAUACGACCGCAGGAGUUCACACAUUUGAGAUGGAGAUCCAAUUUCCGAUAUUUAGUGAGGAUGAGAUUUGUGAGAAAUAUGAAGACUUCUUCCAAUCCAACCCCAACACGAAAAUUGCAAUCAUAGAUGCCAUCACCAGUCCAUCAGCUGUGGUGAUGCCGUUGAAGCGCCUCGUAGAUCUGUGUCACAGGUAUGGAGUUAUGGCCGUCGUAGACGGUGCACAUGCUGUUGGUACACUUCCAGUCAAUCUCACCGAACUCGGCGCCGAUGUCUUUACGGGCAGUUUCCACAAAUGGCUGUUCACUCCCAGGGGCUGUGGAAUGUUAUACGUGAAGCAGGAACAUCAUACCUGGGUUCGUCCGCUGGUGACAUCCUGGUUCCACGGACUGUCCCUGGACAAACAGUUCUUCCUAGUGGCUACUGCAGACCAGACCCCAUUCACCACUGCCAAAUAUGCAUUUGAAUUCUACCAGCGGAUUGGAGGAAUGGAUAAGAUCAUCGGCUACGCAUCCAGUCUCGCCACAGAGGCACAUGAGUAUAUUCUCAAGAAGCUCCAAGCAGAGCCAUUACAGAUACCUCAGAGUAUGGAGUCUCCCACAAUGAGGGUGAUUCGUCUGCCAGACUUGCCUCAGUACCCAUGUACACGAGAAGGAUCGAUCGCAUUCCACACAGACAUGCGCAACAAGUACAACAUCCAGUGUGCCAUCGAGUUGAUCCAGGGUCAUCUACAUCUCCGCAUCAGUACCCAGGUAUACAACACGAUGGAGGAGUACAAGCGACUGGCAGACUGUCUCCUGGAAGUCAUUCAAACUAGCAGGAAACCCUAG